UUUUUUUUAAUAUUUGGGAGACACCAAAGAGAUCGUUUCGAGAUUUCGUUUUCGAGUUAUAUUUUUUGCAUUUUUUAAGUAGUAUUUUUUUCGUGGGUAUAAAACGCAUUCCAAAAAAAAAUUUGUUUUUUUAAUAAUUGUCAAUCCGAAAAAAAGUUCCUAAUAAAGACCUCGAGGCCUUUUUAGGAUUCUCCACAAAAGGAUUUAACAUAAAAUGUAAUGCCGAUACAGGCGCCCUCAUGGACAGACUUUUUAUCCUGUCCCGUUUGUUGUAACGAGUUUGCAGAAAAUCAACGUCCUCCAAUAAGCUUAGGAUGUGGCCAUACAAUAUGCCGUACUUGUUUAGCCACACUUCACAACAAGCAAUGUCCAUUUGACCAGACCUCAAUUACAACCGAUUUAGAAAAUCUACCUAUUAAUUAUGCCUUGUUGUUGCUGGUCACACCCAGCAACAGCAGUAGCUGCAUUGGUGGCAGCAGCAGCAGCACUUUCAACAAUGGCGCACAAACAACUGCUGCCAGUCUGGCUGCUGAAUCAGAAGCAUCUACCACAAACAUACCCAGCGUUCAAAGUCUAUUGCCCGACGACAAACAGUGCUACAAACUUGGAAAGAAAUGCAUCGAAAGUCUAGCCCUACAUCUAAAGCCAUUCAUUAAUAAUGGAAACUUUGGAAGUCUGCUUUCCCGACCAAUGCAACGAAAACUAGUAACUUUAGUCAAUUGCCAACUGAUGGAAGAUGAGGGCAGAUCCAGAGCUUUGCGAGCAGCGCGUUCGCUGGGCGAACGCACUGUCACUGAACUCAUACUGCAGCACCAGAAUCCUCAACAGUUGAGCUCAAACUUGUGGGCAGCUGUGCGAUCGCGCGGCUGUCAAUUCCUUGGUCCGGCCAUGCAAGAAGAAGUACUUAAACUAGUUCUAUUAGCCCUGGAAGAUGGAUCUGCAUUAUCAAGAAAAGUUCUCGUAAUGUUUGUAGUUCAACGCCUGGAGCCACACUUUCCCCAAGCCUCAAAAACCAGUAUAGGUCAUGUUGUACAACUCCUGUACCGUGCUAGUUGUUUUAAAGUAUCCAAACGAGAGGCUGACUCUUCGCUGAUGCAACUGAAAGAAGAAUUCCGCACUUAUGAUGCUCUGCGACGGGAACAUGAUGCUCAAAUCGUCCAAAUAGCAACAGAAGCCGGUCUUCGGAUAGCUCCAGAUCAGUGGUCGUCAUUACUGUAUGGCGAUACCAUUCACAAGUCGCAUAUGCAAAGUAUUAUCGACAAACUUCAAACCCCACAAUCAUUUGCUCAAUCAGUGCAAGAGUUAGUUAUUGCUCUUCAACGGACCGGGGAUCCGGCGAACUUGUCAGGCUUGCGAACUCAUCUCAAACACUUGGCCAGCAUCGACUCUAGUGUUGAGAAUUCUGUUCCAACAUGGCAGGAGGUGGCAAAGGCGCUGGACGCUGUAAAGCAAGUUGUCAUUGGGCUUGUAGAGUUUGUUCAACACCACGGAAACCGUAAGCUCCAAGAAUCGUCUACCACUAAUCCCAACACAAAGUAUAAGAUAAGUCUUUGUCGUGAUCUAACACUAAGGAGAAUCUGUCCACGCGGGACCAGCUGCACUUUUGCUCAUUCUGAUGAGGAACUAGAGAGGUACCGGGCGAAGAAUAGAAAGAAUAGUACAAAAACUCCAAUUGUAAACACGAAGAAGACUGCUUCAGAUUACCUGGACGCACCGCCGCCCUCGCUGUCCUCAUCGUGUCUCCCACCGGAUGAAUUGCCGUCGCCUUUAAGAUUUGGUAAUGUAGUUAGUAAACCAUCGCCCGUAGCGUCCAUGUCAGCGCCUUAUCAUUCACAAUCGCAAGGAGGAAUGCCAUCGGCACCACCUAGCUAUGUGGAUUUGAUCCCACCGCCAAUGCAUGGUCAAAGCCCAAUUCCGCAAUCACAAAGACAUCGCUACGACAACCAUUACUCGGGGUUGAACUUUCCCCCACCACCACCUCCACCAAGGAAUUCUUCAUCAAUUGUUGGUGGUGGCAUGUCGCUCACAUCGCCUCGAUCCCACCAUAGUAAUUUCCCACAGUCUGGAACCCAACAGCCGCCCGUCAAACAACCUGUAUUUCACACGAAAUCAUGUCCAACAGCAAGUAGUUUUGGACCCUCGGAUAUGUACUCAGGUUCGGGCAACUUCGGUAGUCAAGUUCCUGGCUCUGGAAUUCAGCAGUCUGGAAUACGACCAUCUCGGCACAAUCCAGUUGGUCAUACAACUUCGUACAUGGGCACUUCCAAUGAGUAUGGAAAACUUACAGUGGAUGGAAUACGCCAGUCUAAUUUAUGGGACCAUCAACGUCAGCAGCAUCAGCAUCAACAUCAGUCGACGCAACAUCAGCACCACCAUCAGCAACAGCAGCAGCAACAACAACAGCAACAUGGUGGUAACCUUAUGAACAUUGGCCUAAAUCCACAAAACGCCUCAUCCUACAUGGGCGCCAACAGUAGUAGCAAUAGUGAUGCUCCCUCCAGUCCUAUAUUCCCUAUCCAUCCGGAUAAGAAACAUUUAGAAUAUCUUAAGGAUCUAGAAUUCACAAAAACAUCUGCAGCCUUGCUAAACGGAAGCAAUAUCUAUAAAAGUUCUGCUGCCUCUCAACUAGCUCAGCUUGUGAAUAACAAUAACAACAACAACAACAACUCAUCCACAAGUAACACCACCACCAACAAUAACCACAGAAGUAACAACAUUUUAACCAAGGAUGAUUUACUGAAUGCGUAUUGGCAGCAAGCCGCAUCAUCUCAAAGCCUUCAAGACGUGAGUGCAGCGGCCAGCUUGCUUCGAGAUACACGUGAUAGUUUCGUGCGAUCUGAUUCGAUCCUGGAUGAGGAUAAUCUGCCUUUUGACGUUCCCACAUCGAUUAGUAAAUUCGGUCCAAUAUGCCCAAUGUACAAGGGCUUUAACCAAUUAAGCGACAGCUUAAGCGGCAAUAACAACACUUUAAACAACAUUGGCGGGCUAACAUCUUUUCAAGAAAUUGCCAAUCGUAUGAGUAAUGCAGCAUCGGGAUCGACACAAUCAUGGCUUUACAACAAUGAUAACUCGAAUGGUAAUAACAAGCAAAUGGAUACAUCCUCCAGCUCAUCGUCAUCAUUAUUUAACAACGAUGCUCUGGCAGUUAAUGUUAAUUUUGAGAGGUUUGGUGUAGGAAGUGGUCAAGUGGGCAAGCGCGGUGAAAGUAGCAACAACAAUUUUAGACAAGUCACGAACAAUUUUCCAAAUCUAAGAGAUUUACAAAAGUUCUCUUCCGAUUUGCAGUCAUUCAAUAAUAAUAAUAACAAUAACAACAACAACAAUACAUCACAAGGAAAUAGUGGCGGCGGAAACUCUUCGCAACACAACAUCAUAAGUCGCCAUGGUAGCAAUGCGGCAACAAACUUCGAUUUUGGCCUGAGUUCACUCCAGAUAAUGGACACCAGUGAUAAUAAUCUUCCUGGAAAGCACUCUACUUUAAGUGAGUCUCUUUGGAACAACAAUCUCCCUAGAAAGCAGCCACCAAUUGGUUCACCAAACUUCUGGGGCGAUGCUACGCCAUCGUCCAAAGAAGUUUUAACGACAAAAAACCAAGUUCCUGAAGAUGAAGUCGGAAUCGACAACGGAAUGCGAGAAUUGGAAAUAAGAUUAAAAUCCGAGUUGGCAAUUGAGGAUUGAUAUAAUUCAAAAUAAAAUUAAAGAAAAAAAUGAGCAACAAGCAAAAGGUUGGUGAUCGAUAUUUGAUGUUCUGUGAGCAGGAAAAACAAAAACAAUUCAUCAAAACCCUUAUUUAGUUUUAUGUUUUAACUAUUAUUUUAUUCUGAGCGUUUUGAGAUUGGUUAUACAAUUUUUUUUUUAAUAUUCAAGCUUGAGCUUAUACUACUUCUCUUUUAUAAUAGUUUUUUUUGUUUAAUUAAUUAUUAUAAUUUUUUAUUCUAUUUAGACAAAUUGAUUUUAUAUACAUUUUAUAUACAAAUCACUUAGACGCAUACAAAAAUGAAACAUAUAUAUUUAUAUUAUAUAUGACUUAACAUAUAACAAGCUAUAUAUUAAUAUAUUUCUUAAAGAAAUUUAUAUAGGUUUUAUGAAACACAAAUGAGACAACAGAUAUAAAUACAUGCUCAUGCAUAUAUAUUUUUUUUAAUCGUAAAUUUUCCACUUCCAUUUAUAUAAUGCAUCUUUUUUUUUUUGUUUAUUUCAAGUGUAAUAUUUAAAUUAAAUAAUUAUUUAAAACAAAAAGAGUCAGCGAGUUAUUAGAAAAAAAAAGAAAAGAAGCUUUUGCAGGCAUAAUGCAGUUGAUUAUUAUACGUAUCGUGUGUGGCAUAGUUGCAUAGUUUAUAAUAUAGUCAACUUUGCAUUAUUGACAAACUAUAUUUUAAUAGUUUUGUAAAAUGAUUAUUAUACAUAAUAAUAAAUAUCGGUUGGCAUUGUUUAUACAUAUAUAUAUUUUUUAAAGAAAAAAAAAAAAAAACAAAUUUAUUAGAGCUAGAAUCCAUGUUUCAAUUUUGUUUGUAUAGUAAUGAAGAAGAAAAAUGCGCGACUUAUUUAGAUAUUUAUUUACUAUUAUCUCUCUAGUUAGAGAAAAAAAUAUAAGUUAAAUAAAUAAAAUAUUAAUAUUUACUAUUGUAAAGAGCAUACGCAACAUAUAUUAACUAUAUAUAAAUAUAUUAUUGACUUUUUUUUUAGAUAAAACAAAUACUAUUAUUGAUUUAUACAUAAAUUCGCAAAUCUAUUUUUUAUAGACUUUCUCAGCAAUUUUAUUUUGUUUGUUUGUUUAAAUAAUUGAUUAUUAUAUUAGAACAGUUUAAAUUAAAUGAAAAAAAUGUGAUGUUUUUUUAACAUAUAAAUAUAAUAUAAUUAUUAUUAUUAUUUUUUUAUUAUUAUUAUUUUAUGUAACUACAUUAUGUAAUAAUAUUUUCUUCUAGUAAGCAAAACAAAAAUGGAAAGGGUUAAUGGUGUUCAUUUUUUAUGAAUAAAAUUAUUUAUAAAACGUAUUUAAUUAAUUAAAUCAAUUAAAAUAAUAAAUGUUUUAUUUUUUGUUUUAUUAUUUAUUUAUUUAUGUUUAAGCUUAAAGUUGAUUUGAAAAAUUCAAGGGGAGGUGAAGAUAUAAUAACUAUUUGGAUCCGCUAAUACAUUUCCGAAAUUUGAGUCAUAUCUACUGCGGAAACUGAAUUCCUUCUCCAAUUACAUAUUUAUUCUUUGGAAGUUAAAACUUGACAAAUGCGAUAAAUUUUGAGCCUUUUAAAUUCUUGAUUAAAAUUUAAAUAAAUUGUAUUUAAUUAUAUUCCUUCACGCGCUCCGUUCCUGCGUUAAUCACGUAACUACACUUUCUUGCAAUAUUUUGUUUUCUGCUAAACAAGGUUGAAAAACUUUCUAGAGAAUUAGAUAAAAAGUGUUUGUAUGAAAAUAUAUAAAGUUAAGUUAAAUGUUAUUCGGCUUUUGAUUGUUCAUUCUAAAUGUUUGGUAUUCAGAAAAACUAAUGUUCUUUUGAAGAAUAACUGAACAAAAUUUGCUUUGCAGAUAGUUGGUUAACGCAGAAAGGGGACGAAAUGUUGUAUUGUUCUUAUUUGAAUUCAAUGUGAAUUCCAGCUUUGUAUCUUUUAUGAUAGUUAAGAGAUUUUCAAAAAAAAAAGGAACAAAUUCUCAUAAUGAUAUUUGAGUUAAUUCACUUAUAUACUGGGAAAGCGAAUGUUCUGAACAAAUUGGUCUCCGAUUUGUGUGGAAUCGGAAAAUUAGACUUCGGUAAAAUCUGUGGAUUAGUUUUUUGGAAAUAGACACUGUUUUAUUUAUUUCUUCUGUUGCUCAAUGAGUAACUCGAACGUAAUUUGCGUUCCGAUCGGCUGUCAUUUCUGUUUCGGAACUUCUUCCGAACGGGAACUUAGGGCUGAAUACGAAUAUGGAAAGAAUACUCCCACUCAGUUAAUAGUACAAUUGGGCUGAUAAUCUUACUAACUUAAUAAUAGCUGUGUUUUAUUUUCCUCGUGAUCCAGAUCAGAUCAUUGAUUUUAUUAGGAUUUUGUUUUGUUAUUGUUUCGCAAAUAAAUAUAAUGAUCUGAUCUGGAUCACGAAGAAAAUAAAACACAGCUAAUAUAAGGUUUAGCGAGUUAUUUAUUCUGUGCAAUGGUGGUUAUUCUGGAAUUCUUUAAUUUUUUUAAAUUUUCUCUUAAAACAUCUCUAAAAAAUUUAAAUUUUAUAUGAGGAGAACAUUAUGAUAUUUUCAAUUUGACUUUGGGUAGUGAGUAGGUUUUAAGUUGACAUAUCCACUAAUGGGACUUUGCGUGUGAAUUAGUUUACCGAUCGUGAAACAAAACUCUCCACAUAGCUUCACAAGCACGUUUACUGGGGAACAAGAACAUACAAAUUUGUAUGGAUUCACUAUCUGCUUCACAAGUUAUACUAGGCUAGGUUAGGUUAUACUAGGCUAACAUCCAAUGAUAAUUUAAAUAUCACACGAAAUAUUUUCACUAUCAUAAAAAAGAAAUUUUCACAAAAAGAUUCACGUGAACAAGAUUCCACUCGAAAAAAAAAAUAAAUUUCAUUUGUCCCGUAUUGUUUUGUUUUGGGAGAAAA